CGGCUGACCCCGUGACCGGCUCGCCAGACGAUCAGCUGAGUGAGAGCUGUCGGACAGACAGACGAGCGGCGCAGUGCGGGCGGCCAUGGCGACCUUCAGCCUGGGGCUGGGCCUGGGCCUGGGCCUGGGGCUGCUGCUCGCCCUGUUGACACGUGCGACUGCCGGACCUUUGCACGCGCAGUGCUCGGUGAAAUGGACCUUUGGCGUUUCUUGCGCAAAUGUGUAUGAGGAGUUGGUAACACAAAUCAAGAAGUGGAAAACUGCAGAAAAUUGUGCUCAUGGAGGGGAGAAAUGUUUGUAUACUCUGAAGUCAGCAAAUGUACAUUACAUAGUGGCUGAGCACACCAGCCCAAUGCACAAGUAUGUUGACAACAUUACGUUCAGACUCGUUUCUUCCUUGGGCAGGGAUUCUUGCUACGUCUCAGGAUUCUCGGUUUCUGAAAAGUGGUAUGCUGUCUUUGACUACGGUACAAACUACUGUAACCUGCACAACCUUAUAGAAGGUAGUGGUUUAGACAAAGUCCCAAAUUACAGCGAAUUAACAAACAACUUCCAGUGCACUCAGUACUCAUCAGCUAACUGUACAAUUUACUGAACAAGAAAGACUCUGGAGUAACAGUUGGGCAAAGUGAGCAAGAAACCCUGAUGUCCAAUGCUGAUUAACUCAGGCGGCUUGAAUUCAUUCCCGAUUUGCUGAAAGAAUGCAAAAGCUUUAAGCAGUUGAAUUUCUGAAUCUGAUACCCAGCUGUACCUAUGAACAAAGCUGCCAAGAGCUCUCAUCAGGAGUAUAAAAAAGAAGUCAGACUGUUUCAGCUUUAUAUAACUAUACAAUCUUAAUAAUAAAUAUAUUGCGAUUGAUUUCUCAUUCUUCUGUAACACUGGGGCACUUGCCUACGUGUUAGGAUCAUAGAAAUGAUCUGAUGGGUCAGUAAGGUUGUUUUGAAGAGGGAGGAGAAAGUGUACAGGAAGUCUGUUGUGUCUGCACCAUUACGAGCGCUUCAUAACCGACUAACAAAAUCGUUAAAUGCUCAGGUUUGCUUUAUAAGAUUACGUCCUCCUUCAUAUAAGAGGAACAAGGAAAAGGAGGGGUAUGGGUAUGGGAGGCAGAUAGGGAGAUGAGGUUAGGAAUGGUUUGGAGAAAUGGUUUGUUUCAUUGCCUUACAUUCUGUAAUUUUAUAUAAUGGUUUAUGUAUUUCUCUGAUUAUGAAACCCAUGUGGAGUUUCUCUUUUUUGUUUAAAAAGACACCAGAUUAUUCCAGUUACAUUGGUUAAUGCACCAUAAGAACUGCCAUAAUCCUUUAAUCCCAUGCACCUCCUAUAUAGUGCACUUUGCCCUCAAAAUAUACAGUCAAUAUAUUCUACAUCAAAUGCAAGGAUUAUUUUGUAGAAUUAAAUGUUAUAUCCAUUCUAAAA